GCGACUUUCAGAUGUUGACAGUGCGCGGAUAUGGCCGGUAGUGUUUGGAGGAGUGGCAGGGUGCUUGAUUUUUUGAAACGAAUUUGUUUUUCUUCGAAACGUGGAGGUCAAGAACGUUUGCAGAUGUCUUCAACUCGUGCAUUUGUGCUAAAUGGCGGUUCCUCGAAAUCACUGAAUAUCAUAACCUGCAAAAGGAAUGACAGAUUGUCACAUUACUGUGUUCACCGACACCUAACCCCAGUGUACACUGUACAUCACGCUGCAUUUUUAUCAGCAAAAGGUGAAUGUCAUUCUUUGCAGAGUUGUCAGGCCAUAAAUAAAACUAAGUGCGUAAACUUAUUUACAUGUUGUAGCAGGAACUUCUGUAGCGAUACAAGUUCAGGCCCCGAGAAAUUUCCUCAUAUUAUGAAUUUUCCGGAAUUGGUGUGGCCAAGUCUCACGAAGAGUUUGAAAAAUUGGAUACUUGCAAAUUUGAUAAUCAGGCCUUACUUUGAUCAGGAAUUCAAUAUUCAGGACUUCGUACUGGGGUCAAAGCAGGCAGUUGAAACAGUGUCAGCUUAUUUACCAAAAGGCGAUUUUGAAAAUCUGGAGGGCUUGGUGCACGAGGACACUAUAAAAGAACUGAAAAAAAAUAUUACCUCAUUUUCACUGAAACAUCGACAAGAGUUGGCAGUCAACAAGGAGGAUAUAUACUUUUCAUUCCCAUAUCAGAUUGGUGUAAUGUUCAGUGAUGAUGAUGAAAACCAAAAGAGAUUUGUGGAAAUAACAAUGGUGUAUCAUGUUCUCCGUGGCCUUCAAGAAUUGAAAGAACAAGGCAUAGUACCUCCAAUGAACAUGGGACUGUUACCUGAAUACAGAGAUAAAAUGUUUAUUUGCAAUUACCGUUUUAUUAGAGAGUUUACUAAAGGUGUAGAGUGUCAGUGGGUUAUAAAUGUAUUGAAUCAUUUUAAACUAGCAGAUUAUACUUCGUAAAGAAAAUUGUAUUUGAUAAGUAUAAAUGACAGAAAUCAUUUUGAGAACUUUUUUAUGAAACAUAUGUACACAAAUAUUUUUUUCUUUUUCACCUUAAAGCCUGUACAGUUGCUCCAGUUCAGCUUCAUGUGGAUCAUACCAAAGCCCAGCUGGAACAAUUAAAGGAGUGCCCAAGUCUAACACUGCAGAGUUGAGUAAUUUUCUUGUAGUACGAUCGUAGAAUGUUAUACCAAAUGAGAUAGGCCCCUGUAACAGGAAAAAGGAAAGACUGAAAAUACUCAUGAGGACCUUUGUAUACAAAUGGCGAUGUACUUGAAGACAAUAAUGUACCUUCACUUUCUGAAGUCCUGCAAUUGUAAGUACGUAGGAUCCAUUUUCUUCUUUCACGAAUCGCUGAACUCCCUCAAACUGCACAUAAAACAGCAGUAAUGGUUCUGGUUUUAAAUAUGUUUUGUAUGUGUCACUUAACAAUAAUUUCCUAAAAUCUGUUUUGAAUAAAUAAACUUUUUAUUAAAAGGUCA